GUGAAAACUUUUUCAUAAAAGAAAACCAAAAGCUAUGGUUUUUUUAAAACUGUCUCCAUAAUAUCUGUGCAUCCAUUUGGGUGUGUGGUACAAGAAUUGCAGAAUACGGUUGUUUCUCACAAUGGAAUCUUCUGUAUUUACCCAGACGUAUACAUCACUAUUGCGAUGCAGGAGGAAGCGCUCUCUUGCAGAUUUCCUGACUAUCUCUUCCUGCUACACAGGAUGUGACGCUGGUCUCAGGAUAAGGUGAGGUAGAGGGGGACGCUCUUAUUCUUGGGACCGUUACGCCCAACUUGAAACAUUACUUGAAAUUGAAAGAACCAUUUCCAGGAAAAGAAAAAUCAGAGAUGUCUCUUAGUAGGAAAAAUCUGUACUGAGAGAGCUGUCUCCUUCCAAGUCUGCAGCAAGAAGUGGUACUGAGGAACCCAAACAGACCGCACUGCAUACAAACGUUACUACAAUUUCUCCAGAGCAAGUGAUAUGGCUUAAAGCCCAUUCCUCAUGUGGUGGCUAUCACUCUGUGACAUCAGAUAACCAUCGUGUGGUUACACACAUGAAGGCCCACAUGCCACGGCUGGCCCAGGAGGAAGAGAGGCGAGGAUCCAGGUUACGAGAAACCCAAACAGAGGUAUUGCAGUAUGUGGGUGAGGAGGAACAGGAUGGAGCUGUGUAUGCUGUGCACUUACGGAACACAAAUCCACAACAAACUCCAGUUAAAGUGCUAGUACUUCGUGCUGGAACUCUCCAAAAGCUUGUCUAUCAUCUGUUGGACUCCCGCAUCCUUGGGGACACUACAUACAUCCCAGCAUUCCUUGCAACAUAUCGCACUUUUACCUGCACUAAUGAAGUGCUCAGGAUACUGCUUCAUAGGUUAGAGAGUGACAACCGUUGGCACAAUUCUGAUACCCACGGAUGGAAUGAUGCAGAUGUCAGCAGCCUGUUUUGUGCGUGGAUGUCUCAGUACCCUGAAGAAUUUUCAUCUUUGGAAACUGAGAAGAGACAACAGCUAUCAAGACUUUUGAAAGGCAACAUAGGGAAGAAACUAGAGGAACUGAAUGUGGAAGAGAAAGAUAAUCAGGAUAGUUCUGCUGCACUGGGACAUGAGAGAGGUCCCUCUGACCCUUUAGACAUCCUGGCCUUCCAGGCUGGCCAUGUGGCUGAGCAACUGACAUCUAUGGAAGCUUCUCUCUUCUUACGUGUGGUCCCAUAUGAAUGUCUGGGCUCAGUGUGGUCUCGAAGGGACAAGGUUGGAAGUCCCUGGAACCGAUGCCAGUCAGUCAGAGAGACUGUUCAGCACUUUAAUCGUCUUUCUGGGGCAGUGACUUCUGCGUGUGUUCGAGACCCCCAACUAAAACCGCAACAAAGAGCUCGAAUCAUAGAAAAGUGGGUGAGAGUGGCAGAGGAGUGCCGGUCCCUCAGGAAUUUCUCUUCUGUAUAUGCCAUUAUCACUGCAUUGCAAAGCACUGCUGUACACAGACUGAAGAAAGUAUGGGCAGAAACAUCCAGGGAAAUUCUACGCAGUUACCAGGAAAUGAGGGAGGUUUUCUGUGAAAAAGAUAAUUAUGCCCGAAUGAGAGAGCUGCUUUUUCAGCCUCAUGACCAACCUGAAAUAACCUCCAAGAGACAACAGCCUCGCACUAGGGAAUCCAGAGCAGUGCAGGGGGUAGUUCCAUACCUUGGAGUGUUCCUCACUGACCUGGUCAUGUUGGAUUCAGCCAUAAGGGACCAGCUAGAGAAUGGUUACCUGAACUUUGAAAAAAGAAGAAAGGAGUUUGAGGCCUUAUCACAAAUAAGAAUUUUGCAAUCAGUCUGCCAAGGAUAUCGAUUCCACUCUGAUCCUCAGUUUAUCACAUGGUUUCAGAGGCUUCAGCCAAUUAGUGAGGCUGAAAGUUACCAGCUGUCAUGUGACAUUGAACCUACUCAAGACACAGUAACAACGUCAAAUCCACCUAAACCAAAGGUGGUCAUCACACACUGCACAGACCUCCUGGCUGCCAUUGCAGCCCCAUUUGGACCUAGCAUGCAUGUAGUAUCCUGGGAUACACCUUGUGAUAGACAGAUGGCUCUCAGCCUUAGUCCGCACCAGAAGAGCCCAUCAGUGCCAGCUCUGGACACUCAGAGUUCACCAAAGCUGCCAAUGAAAGGGCUUCUUGCAUUAAGUCCAGUGGCACGCACUCAUAGACGCUCUGCCUCAUGUGGAAGUGCUAUUAAUGCUUCUGCAGAGCCUCAUCCAUCUCUGGACCAUACAGCAGAGCAUUCUUCACCCACUGGCUCCAAUGCAGAACAUCGCAUCAUUCGUGUGCGGGUAGAGCCAGCUGAGGAGAACAGUGUGUACAAAAGUGUGAGGAUCAGCAGUCAGGAAAAAGCACCUGCAGUUAUUGAUCGAAUUCUCAGGAAACAUCACAUGACUCCUCAAGGGCCACAGGAACUCAUCCAACUGCUGCCAGAGGGCAAAGAAUUGGUUAUUCCAGAGAAAGCAAAUGUUUUCUAUGCCAUGAGCUCUGCAAGCUUGGAUUUUCUUCUCCGUCCCCGUAAGACUGUAAGUUCAGCAUCUUCUACAGACACCCAGGCACCCGCUAAAAUGCUCAUCAGUGCCACAAUCCCUAAGGUCAAAGCAAAGGCAGGAGACCUUGCAAGAGCACUUUUCUAAAGCUCACCAUGAGAUUCAUCUGCUCCCAAAGUAAAGAGGAAUUAAAAAUAUACAGGAAAAAAUCUUAUAUUGAAAUCUAAACACAACAGGAUCCUGUGUUACUGACUUUACCAAUGACAUGUCACAAGCAGACAUCACACUUUUAUCGCCCAACAAGAUGCUCCAGUACACUAUGGCAUACAAUGCUAAAUGAUCUCAUGUGCCAAGUCAUACUAAUGGGAACCUCUAGUGCCUGUCAAAAGGGAAUGAUGCAAUAAACCCGUGUUACACAUGUGCCGGAAGUGACAUCAGACUGUAUAUUGUCAUUGUGCUGCUGCGUUCCAUAUACACUAUUGGUAGAACACUAUUAUAUUUGUAUGAUGAUGGAAGAGUGCAUUUUAUUGUACAUACACCUGUAUAAAACAUCUGUGAUGUUGAUAUAUUUAUGUUUAUUGUAACUGUACUUAGAAAUUCUGCAUAUAAACUACCUUUUUCAUACGGCGUGU